AUGGCAACUCAGAAUGGACCAGUCGGCAAUGGAGAACUGCUAGCAACAGCGACCCCAAAUCCAUGGGCGGACAAAUACCGUGGUGCAACAGUAGAAGACCUCGACCCACCCCCGGCCCUCUCCACCUCCCCCCACGCGCCCAUAGCCUCCGCCCUAAUGUCAGCCUUCGAACGCGACUACACCCACCUCACCGUCCUCCACCCCGAAGACAAAUCCCUGCUCGGCUACAUCAGCACCCCCCACCUCCGAAAACUGCUCGAAACACGCCAAGUGCGGGAAGAAGACACGGUGGAGAAAGCGAUGGUGCGGUUCAAGCGGAAGGGGAAGAAGUAUAGACUCAUUACGCUAGAGACGGGAUUGGAGGAACUGGAGAAGUUUUUCGAGGGCGGGGAUACGGGGACGAAGCAGGAUUUUGCGGUUGUGACUGAUCCGGCGCGGAGGUUUGUGUUGGGGGUGGCGACGAAGAGUGAUUUGGAGGAGUUUGUGAAGAGACGGCCGAAUUGA